AAGCGGAAACCUACAUAGAUCUUCCGCUGUCUCCCCGAACUGAGCUAGCGCUGAACAGUGACCUUCUCCGAGUGGUCCAGUGCACUUACAUUCUAGAGAUGGCAGGUGGUGCAUUCGCUGGCUGGUGGACUAAGGUGGCCCCCUACUACACCAAAGCAUACCAGGAGAUGUGGGUUGGUGUAGGAAUCAUGACUUUCAUGUACUACAAACUAUCAUAUGGAGGAAAGAAGAAAGCAGUGCAGUCAAAGCCUGCCCACUGAUUGGACCCCCGGAGUGUCAUUCCCCAUGUCCUCUCUGUAAAUCUUCCCCUGACGAACUUCACCUGGAUAUCUGUAUUUUGUUUUAUGUGAGCAAUAAACUGAUUGAUUUGGAUCACACUAUGGAAAA